ACUCUUGAGAUGGCUCAGAAAAAACAACCUUGAUCUACUUCUUUAUAUUUUAAGUCUUCAGCACUUCUGAUGCACUUACAGAAGACUUGGAUAGACUGAUUGAAACAAUUUUGAAAUGAAUGAAAAGAUAUUCAACUGGUUUUAGAAGAUUCUAGAGCUACUAUGCCUUGUUUAUUCGUAAUCCAGCGUAUUGAAACCGUUUAAUUUUUGUUCCGCACCAGUUGUUUUGAACGAAGCCUAGUCUGUGAUCUCCCUUUGGGGUAUGAGCAUAGGUGAUCACUUUCCUAUUCUGGUGCUACUUGGUGGUCAAUCCUGUGACAGCAGUGCAAACCUCAUUAAUAUUUUCUCUUUCCACAAACAUAAUAAAGAGAGCUGACUGGCCGGGAUAUACGAUAUUCCUCAGUGUCUGGUUCGCUCAGGAAAAUUUUACGGGGAUAUGGAUUCAGGCAGUUUUCUUCAACUGCUGGCUCAGAUUGCUGAUGCUGACAGAAAAAUUACCCGGUGAGGAGAAAAGAGCUUCAUUUAGAAGAUACUGCUUGGUAUCUCCACUGAAAAACUUUGUACACAUAUGAGGUAGCAAAGUUGAAAUUUGGAAAGAGUAUAUCAAAAAUCUAUAAAAUUACCAAUUUUCAAAACUCCCGGAAAAAUUUCCGAGUAAAAAUACUUAAUGACUGGACUACAAUAUUGAAUCACAUAUUGAGAACCGUAUCCAUCCAAACUGUGCAUUUUUUGGAUUACUUCAGUUUUCUCAGGAAAACUCCAGAUGCCUCAGUACCCAGGAUAAAGAUAAUUCGCUGUUCCACUGAGAUUGUAUACAUAGUCUUUCAGGCUGAGCCCAUAUUGAGACUUCUGUAAUCAGAUCAGAGGCAUUACUGGUUGGAGAUCAGUCUGUUUGAGAAGGAACAAGAAGAAGAAGAAGAAUAACCAAAAAUUGUCCAUACAUAUUUAAAUUUAUUCUAUAUUCUACAAAAUUUUGUUCUGUGUUUUGUUUAUAACCUCACAAUUAUAAGUCGAAGUUGGUCGACUUAUUUUGAAUUUCGAAUUUGGUUUCUGCAGAGAAGAAAAACCUCCAAUUUAGGAAAAUGCUACACUUACGAUCAGUCUACACAAAUUGUAUGACUUUACCUUCUAAAUCUUUGGGGCAAAAUGUUAUGAAGAAUACUCGUUUCAUAUCUUCAAAUGCAAAAUAUGACAUAAUUGUUGUUGGUGGAGGAUUAAUUGGUGCAACACUUGCGUGUGUACUAGGAAAGAACAACCGUUUAUCUGAUAAACGAAUAUUACUUUUGGAAGGCUCCAAGAAAAAAGAAUGGAAAUUACCUCAACAUUACAGUAAUCGUGUUUCCUCCUUGAAUCAAGCAACCUGUAAUUUAUUGAAUGACAUAGGAGUUUGGAGUCAUAUACACUCUACAAGAUAUGGUAUUGUGAAAGAAAUGCAGAUAUGGGAAUCAAAUUCUGAAGCAGUCAUUAACUUCAAAGGUGACUAUUUGGAUGAAAAUUUAGCAUAUAUAGUCGAAAAUGAUAUCACCCUCAAUAGUGUAUAUAAAGAGCUUCAAAAUGUAGAAAAUGUGGAAGUUCUUCAUGAGGCAUUACUAGACGAUUUGAAAUUGUCGAGUGGCAUUGAAAACCAUAAAUUAACAUUAAAGAAUGGUUCAACUUUUAGUACAAAACUACUGCUUGGCUGUGAUGGGUACUCUUCGCAAGUUCGCCAGAAGAUGGGUGUGCUAUAUAUAUCCCAUAGUUACCAGCAAAUGGGAGUAGUAGCAACAUUAGAGCUGGAAGAGCAAUGCGAUAAUUCUAUAGCUUGGCAAAAGUUUCUACCAACAGGACCAAUGGCUUUGUUACCGCUGGAUAAUAAAACAAGCUCCUUGGUUUGGACAACGACGCCAAGUCAUGCCAAGAAAUUGAUGUCCUUGACAAAGAAACAAUUCGUUGACGAGCUCAAUGAAAAUUUGUGGAGUAAUAAGAAGAGAAACGUCGUAGUUGAAAGAAGUUCGAGGGCUUUCGACCAAUUACUACGUACUUUGAAAUGUCCUUCGAUCAAAGAUAGCCAAUUACCUCCAAAAAUCGUGAAAUGUCAAGAAGGCAGUAGAGGUUCAUUUCCGUUGGGAUUUGGCCAUGCAACAAGUUAUGUACAAAAAGGAGUUGCUUUGGUGGGAGAUGCAGCACAUAGAGUACAUCCAUUGGCUGGACAAGGAGCUAACUUGGGUUUUGGCGAUAUAACAUGCUUGAAUACAGUAUUAGGUGAAGCAGCAUAUGCUGGAAGCGAUUUGGGAGAUUUAUCAUAUUUGAAAGACUAUGAAACAGAACGACAACGUCAUAAUGUACCAACAAUGUUAGCUAUUGAUGGUUUAUACCGGCUGUAUGGAACAGAGUUUCCACCUGUGGUAUUGUUGAGAAGUCUAGGUUUACAAGCUAUUAACGCAUUAGGGCCAUUGAAGGGUUUAUUGAAGAGUCAUGCUGCCUCCUAAGUUGAAAGGCCUUUUUUCAAUCUGUUGAAAGUUUAUUUUUUGUGUUUUUAAAUUAUUAUUGCUGUGUUGACAAAUAUAAUAUUUUCUAU